AUGGCCACGGCUACACUCUUCCCCGGCGUUGCUCUCAUCACAGGUGCUGCCUCUGGCAUCGGCCGCGCAACCGCCCGCCUCUUCGCCAGAGAAGGCUGCCGCAAGCUCAUCCUAGCAGACCGAAACAAGCACGGCCUACAAGAAACACACGACAUGAUCACAUCAAACCACAAAGACGUCUCGGUACAGGUAUCCCCAACAGACGUUACAAUCGAAUCCUCCGUCUCGGGCAUGGUCCAGCGCGCAGUCUGCCAGUUCCAGCGAAUCGAUUACGCCGUUAAUGCGGCGGGUCUGAUGAGUGUCCCGCGCAGGUCGCACGAGACGACGCUGGAGGAGUUCGAGAGGAUCAACUCGGUGGAUUAUAAGGGACUUUGGCUGUCGUGUCGGGGGGUGAUAAGGCAGAUGCGUACGCAGGAGCCGUUGAGGACUCAUGAUGGACGGCCGGGGAAUAGGGGGGCGAUUGUUAAUGUUGCGAGUGUUCUUGGACAGGUCGCGAGGCCUAAUGCUGCGCCAUAUUGCGGUGCUAAAGGAGCCGCAAUCAGCAUCACACAGGCUGAUGCAAUUGACUACUCUGCAGACAAUAUCCGAAUAAACUGUGUGCUCCCCGGGGUUAUCCAUACUCCCAUGAUCGACCAUAUCCUGGAAUACUAUCGGCCGGAAAUCAACAUGCAGGCGUUGGGAAGGCUUGGGACUGCUGAUGAGAUUGCGGACUGCAUUCUGUUUUUGUGUAGUAGUAAAGCUACUUUUGUACAAGGGGCAGCCUUUGCUGCUGAUGGGGGGUACACAAUCCGAUAG